AUGGCGACUCAAAUGUGGAAAACUCUACGGCAACCCCGAAUAUCGAGAACACUAAUUCAGAGUUGCCGGAAUACUAGAUACAUAACUACCGAUUCGAGAAAUCGACUAUCUAAAUUCUGGGCACCAACUGGCGGAAUCGCACCACAAGAUGGGGAGCAAGAUGAGUCGCAUUCUUUGCUUAUACGCAGCGGCUUUCUGCGCCAGGCACAUUCAGGAGUCUUCCAUCUUCUGCCACUAGGUCUACGUGUGCAAAACAAACUUGAAGCACUUAUAGACAGGCAUAUGGGUUCUAUAGGCGCUUCGAAACUUUCACUCUCUACCAUUACCACUGAAACAUUAUGGCGGCAAUCCGGCCGGUAUUCUGCAAACUCAGAACUCCUUCGCAUCAAAGACAGGAAAGAAUCCGGGUUUUUACUUUCUCCGACUCAUGAAGAAGAGAUCACAGCUCUUGUUGCCAGUAUGGUACAUUCGUACAAGGAUCUGCCAUUGAGACUGUAUCAGAUAGGCCGUAAGUACCGCGACGAACGACGACCGAGACAAGGAUUACUUCGAGCAAAAGAGUUCAUGAUGAAGGAUUUGUAUACAUUCGACCACUCGACGGAAGCCGCUCUGAAGACUUACGAAUCUGUCCGAGAAGCAUACAACAACCUCUUCAACGAACUCAAGAUUCCUUACCUUGUCGCAGAUGCCGACUCUGGAAACAUGGGCGGCAAACUAAGUCAUGAGUAUCACUUUGUAUCGCCAAAAGGCGAGGACAACGUAUGGUCGUGUAAUUCAUGCGACUAUGUCGCAAAUGAGGAGCUCGUAGAAAAGAAGACUGAUAGCACGACAAAUACCGGAGACGCGAUCACAUUCACAGGCAUAAGUAUAGACAAGAAGACGGCAAUCAACAUCCACAUCCCACGGCCUUCUGAUCUAGGAGCAAGCGAUACAGGAUCCUGGGACACAGCCCCCGCAUUCGUCAACUUCCACGCCGUUAAAAAAGCAUUACCCGCAGACCUAGACAUGGACACUGGAAUCGAAUCCUCGACCCUCUCGACCCUCCUCCCGAAAGCAAUCAACACCAUCGACCUAUACGACCGCUCUCUACCCUCCAACUCCUCAAACAUCGACCUCGCCAUCAUCAAACCCGGCGACUCCUGCCCGCGCUGCACCCAAGGCAAACUCGACGUCCAAAAAGCCAUAGAAAUAGGCCACACCUUCCACCUCGGCACGCGCUACAGCACCCCCUUAAACGCCGUUGUUGCACUCCCCGAUCAAUCCCUCUCCUCCCCCAUCCAAAUGGGCUGCCACGGCAUCGGCGUAUCCCGUAUAAUCGGCGCCGUGGCAUCACUCCUAUCCGACGCCAAAGGAUUGUCCUGGCCCCGCGCCAUUGCUCCCUACGAAGUCGUUGUGCUGAGCUCCCCGGCAGCAGACGAAAAAGACAUUCACGAUGUUUAUGAUAUGUUGUCUGGACGAGGUGGUGAUGAGGCAAUGGAUGUAGUGCUAGAUGAUCGCUCUGGCAAGAAUCUCGGGUGGAAAAUGAAGGAUGCGGAUUUGAUCGGGUAUCCGGUUGUUGUUGUGCUGGGGAAGCGCUGGAAGGAGAGUAGGGAAGUGGAGGUGCAGUGUAGGAGGUUGGGGGUUGUGAGGAAUGUUGGGGUGGAGGGGCUCAAGGGUGAGGUUUUGGACUUGCUGGGCCAGUUGUAA